UCCUCUCACACCCCUUUCUAUCUGAGCUUCUCUCUCUCUGUAGAACAAUAAUGGCUGCGGCUGCUUCUUCCCUUACAAUCGCGUCGUCGUUCUCCGAACCUCGGACUCAGAUCCUCCAUUCCUCGAAGCGUUCGAACCUUCCUCUUCAAUACAACAUCCCUUAUAAGGCCGAUUCACGGAGCAGGAGUAGAAGAUUAGGACUAGUCGUCAGUUCCGUUUCAGCCCCCAACGUUGAGCUUCGUACUGGACCUGAUGAUCUCAUUUCUACUCUCCUCUCUAAGGUUGCGAAUAGCGAUGGAGGUGUGACACUGAGCCCUGAACAACACAAGGAGGUGGCACAAGUGGCUGGAGAGCUUCAAAAGUACUGUGUCAAGGAGCCUGUUAAAAACCCUCUCAUUUUCGGAGAUUGGGAAGUGGUGUACUGUUCUAGACCGACCUCUCCCGGUGGAGGCUACAGGAGUGUGAUAGGCCGCCUCUUCUUCAAAACAAAAGAGAUGAUACAAGCCAUUGAUUCUCCUGAUAUCGUCAGGAACAAAGUUUCCAUCAAUGCUUUUGGUUUUCUUGACGGAGAUGUCUCCUUGACAGGGAAGCUGAAAGCUUUGGACAGUGAGUGGGUUCAGGUGAUCUUUGAGCCUCCGGAAAUCAAGGUAGGAUCUCUGGAGUUUAAAUACGGGUUUGAAAGCGAAGUGAAGCUUCGGAUCACAUAUGUAGAUGAGAAACUUAGGUUGGGAUUAGGCUCGAAGGGAUCAUUGUUCGUCUUUAGGAGGCGUCAGUAAUAUAUGUUUUUUCCCUCGUGCAUCAAUCAAUACAAUGCACUACAGAAAUGAAGAAACAACAUAUGGGCACUUGUGAGCGUAUAACUUUCGAAACCCACAUACCUGUGUACACAUAUGGUGUUUUAUUAGGAACUUUGUUGUAAUAUAAGCUUCAUUCCAAGA